AUGCAUUCCACCGAGUCAUCGCAGGACAUCUCCCACCAAGUCCACCACCGCGAGACAACCCCAGUUAACCCUCAAAACCCAACUUUCGAUUCUCCUCCGAUGACGACUCCCCCAAAGAUGGAGGGUCUCCUCUCCCAAAGUCGACCUGAAUCCCCUCGUAUCAAAUCUUUGAAGGAGGUGACGACAAACAUGCCCAAGAUGACACAGGCUACCUCGACGGGUGCAGUCUCCCAACGAGGAUCUAUCGUCAUAUCCUCCAACGAUCCUCCCACUGCCGACAGUCCAGAUUUAGCACGGUCCAAGUCCCAUCACAAAUCGCGCUUCCACGUACAUGUACCCCAUGUACAUAUGCCCCACUUCUUCAAGCACCACAGUCACAAAUCCGACACCAACAAAUCCGAAUACUGGCCCAGAACGCUGAGCGUGGCUGUUGGCGCACCCAAAGCUCAGCCCACUGGCAUCUCCCCUUCAGUUUCAAGCAAGCUCCGGCAAGAAAUCAAAGCACCUGACCACGAUACCUUGCAACCACCCAUUGUCGCCGAAGCCUCUUCCUCCUACUUUCCACCCGCAGCCUCAAGCACCGGUGUGGCCACAACGUCAUCUACCUCGUCCAUCCACAGCUCCCCUGUUUCAAUUCCCAUCCCAAAACCGGUUCCUGACCUCGACGGGGUGGGCGAAAUUCUGCCUCGUGACACUAGCCUCGUUCCUUCCGCUAAAGAGAGCAUCCGGACGGCCGCGUCUUCCGGAUCCUCCAAUGCCUCGACCGUCGACACCGAUGGGACAGGAAUUGGAUCCACCUCCACGUCUGUAACUUCAUAUGAUUCCGCCUCUUCUUCGCCCAUGAACCAAAAACCUCAUCAUGACCACGCGGGUCCACCCAGCACAUUCCAAGCUGCAAUGGGACGCGGCCUAAACGCAAACGAGGUCGUACCUUCCUCCUCCCUGAACCCUCUCCCCAGUGACACCACCGACCCACUCGUCGAAGUCUCCCUCCCCGAAGCUUCCUCCCUUCCUGACAUCAAUGAAACAGAGGUUGCUCUACCUGAGCCCCAAAGCUUCUUCCCAGGCUCAGCCUCCAAAGAGAUCCCUCCAGGCGAGGACCCCCUCAAGAAAUGGAGUUUCAGCUUCAUCUCGAGCAACAAAUCCAAGCUCGAUCUGAAGACAAAGCGAAGCCCAAAGUCAGGCACUGCUAACACCUCCCAUACUUCCACCCCCAGUCCUCGGUCACUUAUAAUUCCGUUGACUGCCGUCGCCAAGACGGCUAAGUCUACCGACGAAAAAUCCAGUCCAACUCUCGAGACCACUCCAACCGCGAAGCUCAAGGGACAUGACGCCACGAAACCUUCUAGUAUGCGAGGCCGCGUGCGGGACAUGAAUGUCCACGGACCAACUCUCUGGUAUCGAAUGAGUCAACCACACACCGACCAGGACGUUGCCGAAUUCCUCCUCGGUGUCGACCUGAAGGAAGAAAAUGCGCGCAGAAAGCAGGAAAACGCGGAAAAACAUAAAUCAUGGGCCCAGAAGAACCGGAUUGAGAAGGAGGAAGCGAAAAACGCAAAGUUGAUGGAGAGAAUCCGGAAGAGAGAGGAGAAGGAAGCGAGAGAAGAGAUGCUUCGUAUUCAAGAUGAAGCACGCGUUGGCUCUUCGGCGGCUUCCUCGAGGGACACUAACCCUGAAAACCCCGAAUUAGAAAGAGUCGAGACGGUCACCCAAAAGUUCGUCGUCGUAGAGGAGGAGCAGGGUGUGAAGAUCACGAGAGAGGACAAGGUCGAAGUCACCUCAGGGCCUGUCUCCACCACCAUCAUCCAUGAAGGCGGAACGGAAAGAGAGUCCAAGUUGGUCAUCGUGGAGGAGCUCCAAGGUGUGUCAGACGAGGUUCGGGACGACGAACGGAAGGUCACCGUUACCGACCUCACCGACCAUAUGAAGCUGGUUGGGGUUUUCCCCGUUUCUGCUUCCAAGGCCUCCCCCGACGCUCCGCCUCUCCCAACCGCCAACGCCAACCUUCCACCCGAGACCAGGGCCCUCGUAACAGCCCUUAAGUCUGAGCUCUUCGGCCUCCAACGCGCCCACAAGUCCCAGGUCCUCUCUCACGCACACGCUCUCACCGCACACAAGAAGGUCGAAUCUGAGCACUCCAAGCUGCAGACCACGUUCAACCAAAAACAGGCCGUGUGCGCGGAUCUUCAGAGGCAAUUAAAUGAGCUCGAGGGUGAGUUGAAGGCGGCGCAAGAGAAUUUGCUCGGAAAGCAAAAGACUACGCAAGAGACUUGGGGCCUGAUGGAAGAGAAGAAGGUAGAACUGGAGAAGGUUGUGAGCGAGUCAGGCCUGAGGGAUGUUUCUGAGCCCGUUGGUUUGGGACUGGUCGAUGAAGUUGAGAAAGACUUGGCUUAG